AUGCUUGUGGUUGACCUUGAGGAGGAGGGAAGGCCUGUGGUGUACCUGGAGGAUGAGGAGGAAAUGCUUGUGGUUGACCUGGAGGAGGAGGGAAGGCUUGUGGUGGAGCUUGGGGCGGCGGGUUUUGUGGUGGGUAAGGGACAGGCUGAGUUGGAUAUGCCGAUGGACUUUGAGGAGGGAAUUGUUCAGGUUGUUGUGGGUUUUGACUUGGCUGAUGAGGUGGUGGUGGUGGAACUGGUGGAGACCGGUGGUAGUGCAGUGGUUGGCUUUCUUCUGGGUUAUUUUCAGGCGUGUUGUAUGUCUCAUGUUGGUAGUUCUCUUGCUGAGUUUCUUCGCUUAGAUAACUCUCAUAGGGUGGUGGAGGUAUAUCAUCAAAGGUUUCUAGUGGUGCCUCAGUUACUGGUUCAUAAAGAUCUUGAUCUUGAGGCUGUGGGUAGGAUUGAGGGUGGGAUUGAGAUGGGUCCUGGUAGUAAGCAGGAGUUGGAUUUGCCUUUGACUUUAGAGUCCGUAAUGCAAUGCUAUGUUGGUGGAAACAUCAGAGGGGUUGACGUUGACUCCGGCAUCCUCCAAAUUCCAAUCCAUCCUUUGCGUAAACGGCUGGCGACCCAUGUGCGCAUCACUUUGUUGUCGGCCUCGUCUACAUGA